UAUUGUAUUCUUUUGUGAUUACCGUUUCUUAGUUUGUGUCAUCAAAUGUGAAUACUAACACGGAUAAGUAAAGAUUCAAAAAAUGAAGGGCGUUCCUAAAAACCGUUUGUUCUUGACAAAGUGCAUUACCCUCCUGCUUGCUGCACCCCUGGUUAGAUCGUCCUUCCCAGACGUUGCUGAAUGUAUUAAGUACGGCAGCUCUUGGCAGCAGCGCUCACUGUUCUUGAAAAGCAGGCAUUUCGGAUCAGCCACCGUUGGCCUAGUUAUGCGAACGUUGCACAUCCUACAGCUGACACGUACUUCGAGAGAUAAGUAGCUGCAGUGGACACACAUCCUUAUCCUUGACAAAGACGAACGUAUCGCUAAAGAUGUAUGUAAGAUGACAAGUGAACGGCUUCUACUCCCCAAUCCUCCCGCUCUCUUUAAAAAGUACUCCCAACUGCUGAGAGGUGUGCCAAGUGCCUGCAGCUCUGACCAAACAACUGGUGAGCUCCACCGAGGGACUCAGUGGCGCCCCCAGCAGCUGAACGUGCUAUCAGCACCGCCACCCUCCCCAUUUUCUUUCCUCAGCGAUCGAGAGCGGCGCCGUUUGGUAGACGGACAAGCUGCCAUUAGCCCGGGCCAGGCGAUCGUCCGCGACACCAUUUUUUCACAGCAGACAAACCCAGUGCGAUCGGCUUCACGCUGCCUUCGGGAUCACCGCAUCGGAUCACAGGUCCUAUGUGUCGAAGUGACGACUUGUGGUUUCUACACUUAACGCUACCGUGAAUGUUAACUGCAGCCGCAGUGAGGAUUGCACGAGGAUGGUGGUGACCUUUCCUGACCGUCCAGGACAAUUUGGAAUUGUUAUGGAAGCGACGCUUUUGGUUGGAGUGUGAGCGGUAAUGUGUUUUUGCAACUCCUUCUGAGAGACUCAGGCACAGCUGUUGUGACUUCAAGGAUAAUUUCUUGCUAAAAAGUAGACAUCAUGCUUUCUGCAGCUCCCUUGUAUGGCAACAUUCACAGCUGGAUGAAUAAUGAACGCACCAGAGUAUGUGGAAUUGGCGAAGACAGAAAAGUCCAGGUAACGGAUGGUGAAUCCCAAAAAAGCAGGCUGGAAUUACGAGAUGAAAGCCACAUGACUCAGAAUGUGGUGGAUGGAGCUGCAGCCCAUCGUAUUGAUAGUCUUGCUGCUCUGACAUUGGAUAGAACAGGUGUUAUGCGAGAAGGCAUAAGGGUUCCGGUUCCCAGCAACAUUGUCUAUUCUGGUCUGCGUGGCCUUGGUCCUGAAAAAGGUCAGGAAGCUGCACCUGUUAUAAGCAGCCUUGGAUAUGGUGCUCAAAGAAGUCCAGAUACUCGUUUCAAGACCAGUGUACCUGAAGUGGUCGAUAAUACUGGAGUAUGUGGAAAGGUCCCAAAUGGCUAUACUACAGGAUACAAACCACCUUCUGAAAACCUGAAGACUGUUUCCACAGAGGAAACUCUUAGUCUGGAUAGAACAGCUGUCGAAAAACAUGCUUCUUUAAAUGUUAAUGGUGCUAGCUGCGUAAGACUUCCUUGGGUAACUUCCUAUGUAGACAAUACACCAGGGAUGUAUUCCUUUAUUGAGCCUCCAAAUAAGUAUUCAGUGAAUAUGUACAAAGGAUUACUACCUCAGCAUGCUACAUACAGUUUGCCGCAGCACUUUGCCUAUUCUCCUAUAUGCAGUACCACUGGGGAACGUUUUUUAUACCUACAGCCUUCCCCCUUUGUUGCACCACAUAUGCCAUCAUCUUUACCAUCACCAUUGAGGAUACCUUCUACUUCAGUAUCUCCAACUAUGCCCCAUCUUCUUCAUGGCCCUGAUAAAGGUUUGUCAUGGAAAAUGGCUCCAAGUCACAUUGACUCACCCAGCUACCCACAUAUUCAUAACAGUAAACAGUCCAGGGUUCCUUCUACCAAGUCUUCUACUUGUACAGUCUCUGCAGACUCUGUUUCAGUGUUACAGUCACCUAGGACAUCUGCUAGAGGUCUGGCAGUGCAGCUUGGAGAUCCUUAUACAGAUUUUGCAAAGCACAUGUCCAGAAUUCCAAGUCCUACAGUUUCACUCCCCAACACUUAUUUAGGCCUCGGUAAUGAAUAUCCACCAUCUUCUAGAGUGAUUAGAGCAAAGCCACGAGAAAAUGCUGAAAAUGUAUUACAGGCAUCCAUGCAGGUCAGAAGUACAGUACAGGAAAAGAGAGAAGGUAGGUCAUCCCCUGUACUGGAAAAACAGACUAUUGCCAAAGACUGUCUGGACAAGCCACUAGAUCUGUCCUCAAAGAUUGGUUUUAUUGGUUCAGUAAAUGGAGAUGUGCCAAAAUCUGAGAGCUUGAAAAAAGUAUUGCAGACAUUAACACCAAACAGAUCUGAAAACAGAGUAGUGUCACCAGGAAGAGAAACUGUGUCCCCAUCAGGAAAUGUUUGCACUCUCUAUAGGCCUGACAUUAUUAGCACUGUGCCUUCCUCUUGGGUUGUUCCGAGUCCCACACAUGAAGAUAGCUGUAACAAAACAUUGUCUCUGAAAAAUAAAACACUAGAUCGAGUGAUACCACAACAGAGAAGUUCUUCUUGUCCUAGGAUGGGAACCUCAGAAGUAACAGCUAAUCCUGUUGUAAGUACUGUAUCAAGCUUGGGAAGGCCAGCGUCUGCAUCACCAGCUCCAAAUAGUAAUGGAGAUUGUCCAAAGAUGAACAGAAGUACAACUGAAAGUUCCGUAUCUGUCAUACAGUCAACACAGCAAACAGUACUAUCAAGUAAGUAUAACAGUAAACUAAUUAAAGGGGAGAGUGAAGAACCUGCUUUUAAAAUGAGUGAAAGUGGACAUACACAAGUCCCAGUGUUUUUACCUCAGAGUGAGACAUUCCGUUCUCCAACACGGUCAUACCCAAGAAAUUAUAUACCUUGUCCUGUUGCAGAAGGCAUGCCUGUAAGUCAUUUAUCGUUGCGUGGAAAGGGACCAGUGUAUCCACAUCCAGUUAUAUUGCCUAAUGGUAGUCUCUAUUCUAGCGCAGUGUCCCCAAAACUUGGUAUUCCUUAUAGUUUCCCAGCAAACAGAAGUGAAUACAUCCCUUUUCAAGAAUCUCUCCGUAUGGUCCAUCCUUUGAUACCUUGUUCUGCCUCGGAUGUGUGUAAAGAUGACAAAACUGAAAGGAAGUCUCGAGCUGUUGAAAGGCUUCGAUUUGAGGAGCCUAUUGGAAAAAGCAGCCCAGCAGAGGUAUCGGAAACGUCUCCCAAACUGAACAUUGAUGCACAUCUUAUUUCCCCACUCAAAAAUAUAAAGUUGAACCAAAGUUCUUCUGACAUUGACUUGUGUAGUCCUAGAAAUGACAUGACAGACCUUGAUAGUGAUGAACAACAUGUUAAGCAGGAAUCAGUUCUUUCAACAGGAUGUUUGGAAACUUGUGUCAGAGCUAACAGCUUUACUCAGUAUAAGAUUGAGAGUGUACCCAUGUUCAAGGAGGACCCUUCUGGUAGGGAAGACACUGAAAGGAGCAUGUUUUUUAAAUGUAAUGAUGUUUAUAGCCCUAAGCAAGUCCAGAGCUCAUUACUUCAUAGCCCAAAUAAAGAAAAUAUUGCAGGAAGCCAGAAUAAGGAUAAUUCUGCAGCUAAAUCUGUAAUUAACUUUCCAGAGAACUGGCAGAUCUGUAAUGGCUGUACUGAAGUGUCUAGUGAUGGACACACUGUUAACGAGUUUAUUGAUGAAAGUGAGCCAUCUUUAAUUGACCAAAAUAAUGCCAAAGAUGGGAGUGAGGCCCAAGGUUCACCUAAUGCUGGUAGACAUUUGAAACCGAAGGCUUCAAAAAUGGCAAAGAGAAUAGCAAAUUCUUCUGGUUAUGUAGGUGAUAAAUUCAAAUGUAUCACUACUGAACUAUAUGCAGAUUCCAGUCAACUUAGCCGUGAACAGCGAGCUCUUCAGCGUGCAAUGAUGCGAUUUUCUGAAUUGGAGAUGAAGGAGAGAGCAAGCCCCAAUACAACCAAAGAAUCAGAAGCAAACGAGACAAAGCAGUCAAGCCAGGAAGAUUUAGUAAACAAAACAAAGCUGCCAAAAUGUACCAAAAAUGAAGAGCUCAUAUCAAACCAAAAUGAAGAAGCCCAGGGAACCCUGAAAGUUGAAGAGUAUUCUCAGGAUGAUUAUUUUAAAUCACUUGACAUGCAAGAGAGCAUAAAGCAGCAAAGGGAGUCAGACAUCAUCUUCCCUGAGAAGUCGCUGGAAAAAGAAGAUCAGAAAAGAGAAGUUGUUAUCCAGAGCACUGAACACAGCAAAAAACACGUGUUACCUGCUGAAGAGCUGCAAGAUGUCAAAAGCCCAUUCGAUGGCUCAGUAGAUGAAUCUAAAGAAAACUGUGUUCUCAAGGCAAAAAGAAAAAGAGGCACCAAAGAUGACUGGCUGGCUAAGGAAAUUACAAACAAUGCUUCUGACCACUUUGAGCAGACUUGCGGCAAUGAAGUGACCAACCUAAAGGUGUGCAUUGAACUGACAGGGCUCCAUCUGAAAAAUAAGCAUCGCACACAGCACUUCAAAGCUCAGUGGGAGUCUCAUGUUUCACUCGAGAAACCCACACCUUGUAGUAAGCCAUGCCAGCCUGUCAGGAAAGAGUCAGACACUGCUUUACAGCCACAGGUUAAUGUGAAGGAAAGAAAAGUUAAAGGGCAGUGUGAGGAGUGGCAUGUGAAGAAAAAGACUGAGGUUAAAAACAGCAAAAGUUUUCUAGAAGACUCCCUCACUAAAGCAGACAUCAUGCAAGGCUUGUCUUUAGCCCCUACUUCCCCAGUCACAAAGAAUUUUGCAUCUUGCACAGGAAAUGUUAAGCAGCCACAGACAGAUCCCUUACCGCCGUUGAAACCAGCGAUUAAACGGCAGAAGGUUAAGGAAGGACAGAAAGCUGAUCUUCCCAGCACAGAUGAAGAAGAGAAGUUUGUGGCUGCACCAAGCCUGCAGAAAUACACAGACUGUGAGAAACCACCCGGAAAGCGCCAGUGUAAAACUAAACAUCUGACACCACAAGAAAAGAAGCAGAAGCUGUCGCUCAAGUGUGAUGAUACCACAGACUUUGAGAGCUCUGAAGAAAAGAUUCCAGCAGUACGGAAGUUAAAAAAGAAGUCCUUGUCCAUCUCUGACAUUGACUCCCAACCAGCAAAAAUUGGUGAACAGAAGCUGGAAGAUUGCCUGCAGCAAACGCCAUCAUUGCAGUCUCCAUCAUUGUUGCCUGUCCCUGCACUGCUCCCAUUUGUAAGCACUCCCCAGGAGUCUAACCCCAGUCGACCUAUGCCACCAGAAGCACGAAGGCUCAUUGUCAACAAGAAUGCUGGGGAGACACUUCUGCAAAGGGCAGCACGGCUUGGUUAUGAGGAAGUUGUGUUAUACUGUUUGGAAAACAGGAUCUGUGACAUUAACCAUCGUGACAAUGCAGGUUAUUGUGCCCUCCAUGAAGCCUGUGCCAGGGGCUGGCUGAUGAUUGUACGCUAUCUGCUCGCACAUGGAGCUGAUGUGAAUUGUAGUGCACAGGAUGGAACCAGGCCUAUUCAUGAUGCUGUAGAAAAUGAUCAUUUGGAAGUAGUCCGCCUUCUGCUUUCUUACGGUGCAGAUCCAACACUGGCUACUUACUCAGGUCGAACUAUUUUGAAAAUGGCCCACAGUGAGCUAAUGGAAACAUUUUUAACAGAUUACUUUGCCGACCUGCAGGGUCGAAAAGAUGAUGAUCCAGGUUUAUACUGGGAUUUCUAUGGCAGCUCUGUCUGUGAACCUGAUGAGGAAACUGGGUUCGAUCCUUUGGCAAAUCCUCCAGACUCCAGUGAUAAUGAAGCUGAUGAUGUGCUUGAAUUUGAAUUUUCAGACAGUCCUCAUUUACCUUGUUACAGUGUUCAAGUGUCUGUGUCUCAAGGACCUCGGAACUGGAUGCUCCUUUCAGAUGUUAUCAAAAGACUUAAAAUUUCGGCUCGCACAUUUCGUUUCAAGUUUCCUCAUCUUGAAGUUGUUACCAUUGCAGAAGCUGACUUCUACAAGCAGGUCUCCUCAAGUCAGUUAUUUUUCAACCCAAGGGACCUUGAAUCUUUCAAUGCAGAAAGCAAAGACUUGCUAGACCUCGUUGAAUUCUCAACUGAACUACAGAUUCUUCUCGGGUCAUCACUGGUGUGGCUUCAUCCAGAUGGUUAUGUUAACUCCCAUGAUGACUGGUGAAGUUAUGUUGUAAUAUAGUUACUGUACAUAAUGUUUUAUAAAGUUAUUCAUACUUAUGUAUAUGUGUUUCAGUGAAUUGUGUAUAAAAAGGACACUAGUAAAAGAAUAAUGUAAAUAAGAUUAAUAAAGCCCUUACAAGUUGAAGAAUAUAUUCCAGUUCAGAAAAGCUUUUAAAGGGCCUUUUUUUAUUUAAAUCUGUUAAAUUGUUAUAUGACCGUUUUUAUUUGUAAAUAUAUUUUUGCUUUUGGAUAACUGAAUUUUCACUUUAAAACACUUUUUGUAAAACCACAUGGACUUGAUUUCAUUAAAAAGCACUGAUUAUAAAACACUCACUCAAGAGUGAGAUGAUCAAACUCGCAAGGUGUAAGAUUUGGGAGACGUCAUGAGGCACUUCAUGGUAUGUUUUGUUUACAGACUUGCCUGCUUUAGUCAGGUAAAGGUGGUUGGACAUGCUUCAACAGUUUUGUAGUAUAAGUUAAAGCUUAUCUGUACACAUCAGAUUACCUCCACAAUGUUGUUUUCUAAGACUCUCUAAAAAUUAAUUUUCUCAUAUCCAACAGGAUUGUUUAUACCUACGUAAAUGCUUUAGUUUUAUGCUCUUAUUUAAAAAAAAAAUAAAUUUGAAAUAUUUUUUUCUGUACUAUGUAAGAUAUUAAAAUGUAAAAGUAUGUAUAUUAAAAUAUCUAGAAGCUGCUCAAAGCUGUAUAUAUAUAUAUAUAUAUAUAUAUAUAUAAAACUAUUGAAACUAAGUUUUUUAAUUGUGUGCGUACUGUUUGAAAUUUGUGUUUUAACUUUGUAAAGGCCUUUGUAUUUAUAUUUUACAAAAUAUUUCUUAAAAAAGGCAAUAAAAGCUGUUAAUAUUGAAACUCA